AUGAAGGGUAAUAGCGUCGUCAAUAACAAUAAUACGAGACUUUAUUCAAUCUUACAAGUUCCAACUGCUGCGACACUCUUUGAAAUUAAGAAUGCGUACAAGAAAUUGGCAUUGAAAUAUCAUCCCGAUAAGAAUAAUCAUUCUGAGGAGUCUAAAUUGAAAUUCCAAGAGAUUUGCAAAGCAUAUGAAGUGUUGCAUGAUAAAGAUAAGAAGUUACUGUAUGACACGUACGGAACAUUAGAUGAAUCGUUAAUUGAUAAACAAAGAGGAAAUAAUGAUCAGAAGGAUGAUUUUGAUACGACAGAGCUAUCACCGGGAGAUUUGUUUGCUAAGUUUUUCGAUAAAUCAAGUAGAGUUAAUAAUAACAAUUAUAAUAGUAAUAGUAGUCCUUUCAAUAAUGUCCCUAGUACCAAUACUAAUACCAAUAGCGCGGGUAAUCGGUUUAUGACUCAAGCAUUGAAUAGUCCGUCUACUACAGGUACUUUAUUUGAGAAAGGUUUAUCUCGAGGUCCUGAUAUCAAACAUGUUUUGAAUUGUACCUUAAAGGAAUUGUAUCAAGGGAAGAAAUGCAAAUUGGGAUUGAAUAGAACAAGAUCAUGUCAUUCAUGCAAUGGGAUGGGCGGUAUGAAUACGAUCAUAUGUAAUGAAUGUCAAGGUAAAGGUAUUAACACUGAAACGAAAAUGUUGGGUCCAAUGGUUCAAAGUUGGAGCUCUACAUGUUUUAAUUGUUCAGGGAUGGGUUAUUUCAUUGAUUCUCAAAGCGGUUGUAAAGAAUGUCAAGGUGAAGGAUAUUUAAGAGAAAGGACAAUAUUUACAGUAACUGUUAAACCAGGAAUGCGAAAUAAUCAAAAAAUUGUGUUGAAGGGAGAGGCUGAUCAAGUAAUGUUAGUUGGAAAAUUAAAUAAAGAGAAAGUCAUCCCAGGUGAUGUAAUCAUUGUCAUUAAUCAAAUAGAAGGCAAAUCUUGGAAGAAUGAUUCAAAUAUUGAUCAAGGUGAAAACAAAAAUAAAUUUCAUUUCGAAAUCAUAAAUGAAAAAGAUUUAUUAUUAAGGAAUUGUCAAAUUGAUUUGAUUACUAGUCUAUGUGGUGGUGAAAUAUACAUUAAAAAUCAUCCAAGUGGGAAAUUAAUCAAGUUGGAUAUUAUACCAAGUGAAAUAUUGAAACCAGAUUGUUUGAAAUGUGUUGAAAAUUUGGGAAUGCCACGAUAUAUUGAAGAUGAAACGAAUAAUGGAGAAGAAUAUUUGCCCAACGGUGAUUUAUAUAUACAAUUUAAAGUGAAAUAUCCUACUAAAUUGGAGAACGAAACAAUAGAUAAAUUAAGAAGUAUCUUAAGUGAAGACAUUCAUAUGAAAAAUGAAUUACAGAAGGAGAAGGUUAUUAUUGAUCAACAGUUAGAUGACUGUAUUGAAGUAGAAGAACAUGUCCUAAGUAGUUUUGCACCUGAUUUAGAUCGACUUCGACAGGCUGGAAUCAAAUCUCGAUCACAAAGAUGGCAAUCAGAUAAUACAGAAGACAGCUGUAACAAAAGGCAAAAGAGGGAAAGCCAGAAUGAUAUCAUGCCAGAUUAUAUACAAGAUGACUUGGAUACCAAAUGA